AUGUUGAAGAUCUCUGAUGCCUACGAUUUCCUGUCGAACUUCGAGGCCAAGAAGUUGAACCUGUUCGAUGUGAAGGUGUCUUGCCGACGUUGGGGAGUCCCGGGUUCAUUCCGCGGGAUAUAUCUCGGUGAUCUUGCCGAUUUCUCAAACGGUCCUCUCAAAUAUGCAAUAACUGUCGAGCCACUUUUCCCAAAAACAGCCAAUGUCAUCGAGAAAACAAACUUUCUUGAACGCUUAACCUUGGAACGAAUCGGCGGGGAUGAAUCAGUGCCACAUUGCAGCAAAGCCAUUUCAUGGCAGGCCGUGCCAGAUCAAACAGAUCAGUUGGAAAAAGGACGAAAGAAGGCACGAAAAUGUUCGAAGUUGGAAGUUCCGCGAAGUGGAAGCGUAACCUACUACCCAGGAGGACGAGGACGUGGAUACCGAGGAGGAAGAGGACACGCAAAUCGAGGAAACAAACAGCCACCAAAAGCAAAAUCUCGUCCUUAUGCUCAGUUACAUGAACAUCAGCAACUUCUCCAAUUCGAAGCGACAGUUGCUUUGCAUUACUUGUUUCCAAUGCACAGAGACAAAUCGAUCGAUCUAAAGACGGACAAUCAGGUCCUCGUGAAAGGAGUGAAGGAGGCAAUCAAGAAAGAACACACCAAUUCCACUCACUACUCCCAUUACGCCAACUUAGUACACGUUGCGAAGCUUUUUCAAGGAGGUGUCUCAAUCGGAUGGAUCCCCAGGGAACAGAACAAGAAGGCAGAUGCGCUUGCUAGAAAGGGAAGCGGCGUGAAGAGAUCUCGGUCAAAACCGUCAAAGUCCAAAUCGACAACAUCCCAGGCCUCAAAGGAGAAUCCCGCGGUGAUUCAAUACGAUGCUGCCGCAGAUGUCGAAGACGAAAUCGCCUACCCGUUUAAUACUCCUUUGAUUGCACAUCUUCUCGAUAAAUCUCAAAAACAAGCACUCGAAGAUUGUAUCACUUUCGCU